AUGGCUUCCAACAACCAUAUGCAUAAUUUUACGACCCUUAUUAAACGGUUAGAAGCCGCAACAUCUCGACUCGAGGACAUGGCCACUGCGCUCGAAGGUCCGACCCCAUCAAGUCCUGCGAUUCCAGAAGCUGUUCAGACUGCUCCAACCCAAUCGACAUCACAGACAGCUAUCUCGGCUCCGCCUCCUCCGCCCGCCGAGACACUUCCAAAGUCCAUCGAAGCUUUCGAUGAGCUUAUUAACAAAGAAGUCCGACCUUUUGUAGAUUUUGCGCAAAAGAUUGGAGAUGCCGUUGCUGAGCAGUCGAAAGCGGUGCUGAAAGCAUUCGAAGCAGAACGGAAAUAUCUCCUUGUUUCUACAAAGGCCAAGAAGCCUGAUAUACAACCCCCAGAGCUCCUAACAGAAUUGCACCGGGCGUCGGAUGAGAUCCAUAGUAUCCGGGAUAGCAACAGACCAUCACCCUUGUUCAAUCAUCUCAGCGCGGUUUCUGAGGGAGUUGUAUCGAUGGGAUGGUUCUUCGAGAAUCGACCCGCAGAAUUCGUCACCGACAUAUUAGGCGGCGCUCAAUUCUAUGGCAACCGCGUACUCAGUGAAUAUAAAGAAAAAGACAGAACCCACGUCUCUUAUAUCCAAGCCUACUACACCAUCUUUCGGUCUCUAAUUGCGUAUAUUAAGGAAUAUUACCCAAGAGGUGUGACUUGGAAUAACAAAGAUGGCGUUGAAGUCUUGGAGGCCCUGAAGCAGAUCUCGUCCACACCCGCUACAGGUGGCGCCGCUCCUCCUCCCCCUCCUCCGCCGCCAUUGCCUAACCUUGAACUUUUGGGUGUCCCGCCUCCUCCUCCACCUGGCGCUCCUCCAACGCCUAAAGCUUCAUCCAACAAUGACAUGUCCGCGGUAUUUCAACAACUAAACCAGGGCUCUACGAUCACCUCAAAUCUCCGCAAAGUUGACAAAUCUGAAAUGACCCACAAGAAUCCAAGUCUGCGCGCGAGCUCUCUAGUUCCAGACCAGGGUCCACAAGCAACCCGCGGCAAAUCUCCUGCACCCAGCAAGAAACCCAAGCCAGAGAGCAUGCGGGCUAAAAAGCCACCGCGAAAGCACCUCGAUGGUAACAAAUGGUUUAUUGAACACUAUGACAAUCCUGGAGAUGUUGUUGAGAUUUCGGCGCAACUAACCCAAUCUAUAUUGAUAUCCCGUUGCAACAAAACAAUCAUCAAAAUUACCAACAAGGCUAAUGCAAUCUCCAUCGACAACUGCAAUGAUGUCUCCGUUAUCGUAGAUUCCUUGGUCAGCAGCUUCGACGUUAUCAAGUCUCCAAAGUUUGCGCUUCAGAUUGACGGGGUGGUUCCCACGGUGAUGCUCGACCAGGUGGAUGGCGCCACCAUCUAUCUCAGUCAGUCUAGUUUGAGUACAGAGCUAUUGACGAGCAAAUGUUCCAGUAUCAACGUGGUUUUACCCCCUAAAGAAGGUACCGAAGAAGCAGAUGAUAAGGAGUGCCCGGUUCCAGAACAAAUCAGAAGUUAUAUCAAGGACGGGGUGCUGGUAAACGAAAUCGUUGAGCAUGCCGGAUAA